CAGCGCUUAGCGAAGGCGAGUAGCACAGCAACAGAAGCCAACUAGCGCAGAAAAGAGUCGGCGAAGGGUUGACUGAAUGAAAAAUCAACUGGCUAGCUACAUCGAGUGUAGUUUUAGGAAAGUGCCACCCUCCCCCUAAAUAUUUAUUAUAUUUUAUAAGCAACAAACAUUACUGUCUGAUAAUAGUUCAUAUUCGUGUUUACUGUAUAUCCACGAGAGGUUAGUACAAUCCUAAAAGAGCGAGGAUGUUGGUCCCCGCGGGAAGAUAAUGAAGCGGUUGCGCGUUUUGUUGGCGUGCCUCAUCCUGUGGUGGUACCCCAGUUGUAAUGUGUGUUGUUCAGAGCACAGCUCGUCAGCUCCAGGUGUGUCUAGUGGCGAAAGCAGCCUCCCAGAGCAUCAUCAUGAGCAGUACCACAUGACUGACCACAAGGAGGAGGAGUCGUCGAGGACACACACACACACCUACGACGUGGAACUGGAGACAAAGAGGGCUACACUAGAGGAGCCCAACACACACAACACUGAACAGACUGUGAAUCAGGAGGAGCCGGUGGUGGUCUGGUCUGCCCCAGAACCACACCUGGAUCCUGAACCCCCCGCUGCUGCUGCUGAGCCUCACUCACACAACACACACAUCCACACAGACCCAGAGCCCGAUACACAACCCACUCCCCUCCAGAACCAGGCACCUGCACCCUCAUCCCCCUCCACCCCACCGCUCAGCGACGACCCAACCCAGGGACAGGCCUCCACAGACCACACAGGCCCAGUCGAGACCCCCAGAGAUGCACCGGCAGACCCCAGCCCAGCCCCCUCUACAGAAGACCCCCAACACACACCUACCUCUACCUCUUACAUCCCUGCUCCAGCCCCAUCCAGUUCAAUAGUUGCCAGAUCUGAUCCCGCGGUAGAGGAUUCCCCUGUAGAAGUUGCCAGUGCUGAAGCCGAUCCCUCUUUAGAGGUUGCCAGUGCUGGAUCUAAUUCCUCUCUAGAGGGCAAUGUUUUCGCUGAUUUCUCUGGCUCUCAGUGUGGGAUGAUUCCCCACAACCUGGCAACCCAAACCCCUCCUUUUGGCAGCCCGCCCACAAGUUGUGAUGAUGACUCUGUAGAGAGCCAGUCAGAACAGGGUGAAAGUCAGGUUGCUCCAGGUUCUGAUGCUGAUGUUCAGACGUCUCUCAGCCCAGAAGACCCAGACCAGGGCCUACCAGAGCUGGACCAGGGGGGAAACACAUCCCACAGGCACCAAGACACAGACCAAGACCAGCAGGUCUCUAUACCUGACAAGGCAGUGGAUGCCAGUGGUAAGGAGACGGACCCCUCAGUGCCCAGUAAGGAGGACAUCCCAACCUUUGACGAGUGGAAGAAACAAGUCAUGGAGGUGGAGAAGGAGAAGACUCUGUCCCUCCAUACCUCCUCCAGUGGCAUCCCCCCUGUGAAGAAGGUGCAGAAGAACUUCAAAAACAACUAUGCUUCUGUGGAGUGUGGAGCUAAGAUGCUGUCAGCUAAUACAGAGGCUAAGAGUACCUCAGCUAUCCUCAUGGAGAAUAUGGACCUGUACAUGCUGAACCCCUGCAGCAACAAGAUUUGGUUUGUAAUAGAGCUGUGUGAGCCCAUCCAGGUGAAACAGUUGGACAUCGCUAACUUUGAACUCUUCUCCUCCACGCCGAAAGACUUCCUGGUCUCCAUCAGUGACAGGUAUCCCACCAACAAGUGGGUGAAGUUGGGAACGUUCCACGCCCGUGAUGAGCGUACAGUCCAGAGCUUCCCAUUGGACGAACAGCUCUAUGCCAAAUAUGUCAAGAUGUUCAUCAAGUACAUAAAGGUGGAGCUCAUCUCCCACUUCGGAUCAGAACACUUCUGCCCCCUCAGCCUCAUCAGGGUGUUUGGUACCAGUAUGGUGGAGGAAUACGAAGAGAUCGCAGAUUCCCAGUACCCCUCAGAGAGGCUGGAAUACCUUGAUGAGGAUUAUGACUACCCACCUGGCUACCUCCACUCUGAGGAUAAGGGUUCUAAAAAUCUGCUGGGCUCUGCCACAAAUGCCAUUCUCAACAUGGUCAACAACAUAGCAGCCAACGUUCUGGGAGGCAAGCCUGAGGAUGGAGGAGUACAGCUGGAACCCAACGCAUCAUCAGAAGCCCAGAACCAAACCGAGGGGAAUAAGGAGGUGCUGCUCACACCAACCCCUACCAUCACCACACCUCCUCCAGCAGUGGAGCCAGACCACAGCGCUCCUCAGGAGGACCCUGAUCUUGCCCUCUCCUCCCCGGACUCCCUCCUUUUUUCCCCCUCCCCGGAGGAUGGACAGAUCGUGACUCUGGUGGUGGAGGAAGAGGAGCCCCCACAGUCCACUGUGACUCUGAUGGAGGAAGAGGGGGAUGAUGAUGAUGAGGAGGAGAGAGAGGAACAGUGGAUGAGGGAGAGCCAGCUGUACUGUCCUCUCUCCUCUGUGUCUUCCCUCUCUUCUAUCUCCUGUGUGGCCACGCUGCCAGAGCUGCUACGGCGCUGGUGUGACGCUUGCCUCGCCAGAGAGAGACGGCACGGUCUCCGCAAGAGGCAGCAAGACACGUACACACGCACCCCCAUAGACACUCCUUUACCCACACACACCACCAUUCAGGACCCUGUCCCCGCCGCCACACACACCCAGGAAGCCCCAACACACACAGAGCCGGUCCCUGAACCUGAGACGGCCCCCCGGGCCCAAAACAAGGUUUUAUCUCCUACAGACUCACACAAUCACACAGACACACACCCCGUGGACCACAUCAUUGUUCUGGAGCCUAGCCGGACCUCUACCCUGCCCCCCCACAGUUUCUCUCACACCUCCCUCUCCAAACCCACCCCUACCCAGGACGAAGCUCCCCGGCCCCCCAGCCAAGACGACCCCGUCCCUCCUCCAGCCCUGCAGGGAGCCCCUGUCCCAGAGGCCCAGCAGGCCAGCACCCCCAACCCUUCCCCCAGUCCCAUUACCCCCCUCCACCCCCCAACUUCUGAGACAGCUUCUCUGGACCUCCCUCCACUCUCCCUGAAGGAGCAGCCAGUCCAGCCCCUCCCCACUGCCUCCAGACCUGCAGACAUCCCCCCUCCCACUGAACUCCCUGUGCCCCUCCAGCCCGACACACACGCAGAGCCACACACACCCAGGGCUGGGGUAGAAAGUGGAGACCUCAAGGGCCAAGGGGAGCAGGGCGACUCCCCCCCUCCCCAGCCAGCAGAGCACCCACUUAGGGAAGAGUCCAUGGAGGACCUGCUACUUAGCGUCCCGGUUACUGCUAAUGGACAUUUACACCGGACAGCUACGGACUUCUACGCUGAGCUGCAGAGCACAGGGGAGUAUAUUGGAGGGAAUGGAGGCAUGAACGGAGGAGUGAACGUGCACGGCUCCAGUCAAAAGGAGAGUGUGUUCAUGAGGUUGAACAACAGGAUCAAAGCCCUGGAGAUGAACAUGUCCCUCAGCAGCAGAUAUCUGGAGGAACUCAGCCAGAGGUAUCGUAAGCAGAUGGAGGAGAUGCAGAGGGCCUUCAACAAGACCAUCAUCAAGCUGCAGAACACCUCCCGCAUCGCUGGAGAGCAGGACCAGAGGCAGACAGAGUCAAUCCAGAUGUUACAGGGCCAGCUGGAGAACGUCACCAAGCUGAUGAUCAACCUCACCAUGACUGUCUCACAGUUACAGAAAGAGGUGUCAGACCGACAGAGUUACCUGGUGGUGUCUCUAGUCCUGUGUGUCUGUCUGGGCCUGGUGUUCUGCCUGCACUGCUGCCGGAGCACCAACACACAAACCACCACACACACCGCAGUCAACCACUACCCCAGCCCCAAGAGGUGUUUCUCCUCCUAUGAGGAUAUGAGUCUGAAGCGGAGGGUAUCGUGUCCUCUCGUACGCUCCAAGUCCUUCACCUUUCCUACUUCAGAAGUAGGCCCCGACGACCUAUACAUUGUUGAACCUUUAAGGUUCUCACCAGAGAAAAAGAAGAAACGAUGUAAACUGAAGGCAGCAUUAUCAGCUCCCUCUUCCCCAGUGGCUGACGGGGCACUCGAAUGCAACGGCCUCCCCCACUCCGUGACUCCCCCUCCCCCACUACCUCCUCCAAUUUUAGAAGACAUCUCCUGUAAGGAGCUCCACUUCCCCUCAGAGAGCAGCAGCGGUAGCUCCUCCACCCACUCUGAGGAGUCCUACAUCAGCCGGGGCCCGCCCCUCUCCUCCCCCCCGUGCGUGUUUAACGGCCAUGCUGCCCUCCCCGUCCCGCUCUGCCUCCCCUCCCUCCCUCCCUCUAAGAAGAGGUCAGCGAAGCGUCAGAGGUCUCGUCAAGUGGAGCUGCAGUUAUCCUCCAGACAGACAGGGGGGGCUAUGAACUCUCUGCCCAGCCUGCAGCAGCUGAUCAAGGGAAACAAGGAGAUCAGCGUGGGGACUAUAGGCCCCUCGGCCGUCACAGGACAUGUCUAAUCACAAACGCACACUUCAGACUGACUCAUAGACACACACACACACACACACGCACCCUGGUAGCAGACUUGGUUAGGGAGGUGUGAAGGGGUGUGGUCUCGCCCCAAAAUGGCCACAUCUCUGAACCACUUCUCCCAUGAGCACCCUGGCCCACAGUGGAAUUCGGAAACCAUGAUAUUAGUUGCCCAUCAACAGCCACCCUCACCACAAAUCAGAGACCAUUUAACGGUCAUGUGCCUUUACUGUCCAUUCGAAAGCUUUCACCAAUGGAAAAAAUAAUAAAUUCAAAGUAUUGUUCUUUUUCUUUUUGGAGAGAAAAACUGUAAUGCUUUGGAGUGUUACAAGAAAACAGACAUUCAAACAUGGGUGAUCUGUUCCUACUGGACAAGCAGAUUGCUCCAUAAGACCUAGGCGUCAGGGGCUUGUACUACAGCCCUAUGCCCAGAGAGGAGAAGGGCUGGCUGGGUACAGCUUCUACCGGAGCCCCCUGCCUCUCCUGGGGCCUGUGAAAGUAGAGUAUGAAGCUGUAAGUAUGAAAUGUGUCGCAAUGAGAGAACUGUGCAGCAGGACUAGUUACUUAUCUAACCCAUCCCCCCCUCCUUUCUCCUGUCCUCCAUUUCCACAUUCUGUUCAUUCUCUGUGUAUUGUUCAGAGCUAGCUAACACUACUGCAGUUGUUGUUCAUAUGGGACUGGGGUGUUAACCUUUCACACAACACAGGCCCUCUGUCUCGCCCUCUCAGGCAGUCUAACCUAACACAACCAGCAGAGCUGAAUGAAGAUGCACUGUGUGUGUGUGUGUUCAUGUCUCUGUGUCUCUAGCGGCUAGCCAUGUUUAUCCAGCUGUGAUACUAAGGAAGAAGCUCUAACUAUUGAACUAGUUUACAUAGCAGCUUGUCUCUCCAGUAAGACCUCUGAAAGUUGUAUGGGCUGGGCCCAAAAUACACACACACACACACACACACUAACAAACACACACAGCCAGCUAAGAGAAAACGGAAUUUGUAUUUUUAAAAUACGGAUAAUUAGGAUGAAGUAUAUUCAAGAGUCAGUAAUUUGGGUAGAUUUUUGGGCACAUUUUCAACACAUCUCUGCAUACAUUUUAAAGAUCACAUAUAACUGGUAUACUUGGGCCAUUCUAUUGUAUUCUACAGACCCCCUCAAACAUUUUAAGCCAUCCAUUAUGAACCUAUUAUUUAUGGAGAUAUGGCCAUGUAACUCCUGUCCAAUAUGGCUCCAUGGGGCUGGUUGGUGGCCGUUUUGGAAAUGCUGCCAGGGUGGUAAUACAAAACAUCUGUGAUGGCAUUAUAGCUAAAAAAAAAAAAAACACUUCUUUGGACUUGUUCUAGCUGUGUGUGAAAUGUGGUGCUUUUAUCACAAAAUCAACAAUUCCCCUCAAAUUUGAGGCUUAGCUGCUGGACUUUUUAUAGGCUGUUUGUUUUUGCACAUUGUGGCAGGUAGUCUCUGCAGCCAGAACCCAGGCAGUUAGUUGGGUUGUGUUUUUAUAUUGAGCUGUAUAUGAGCCAUGCUGAGAACUGAGUGUUGUGUGAUAUUCUAGUUGUUGUUGGGAACAGUUCAGUCUGAAGAUGUCACAGCCCACACCCUCACUCUGUGGGUAGAAGUUGCCUUUAGUUACUGAUCUAAGAUCAGCUUUCCCUCCCCCAAUUCCUCAUGUUCACCAUUUGAAUCAACAAUGCAAUACUGAUCUUAGAACAGUGUCUAGGGGUAACUUCACUUUGAGAGCAGAUCCCCUGAGGUCCUAUUGAGGACUCUGUGAGGCCAGUUUUAUUUAUCUAUUUAUGUCCUGGCCUCACAGCAACCCCCACAUACUGUAGCCCAGGGGCACACACACGGUACAGACGGUGGUUGGUUGCAAUUAAUGGUUGCAAUUAAAACGCAUGUACACACACACAAAGGUACAUGUACAUCAGAGGAGGCUGGUGGGAGGAGCUAUAGGAAGACUGGCUCGUUGUAAUGGCAAAAAAAAAAAAAUGUUUUUAUUUAACUAGGCAAGUCAGUUAAGAACAAAGUCUUAUUUUCAAUGACAGCCUAGGAACAGUGGGUUUAACUGCCUUGUCCAGGGGCAGAACGACAGAUUUUUACCUUGUCUGCUCGGGGAUUCGAUCUUACAACCUUUCGGUUACUAGUCCAUCGCUCUAACCACUAGGCUACCUGCCACCCCAGGUAGCCUAGUGGGUCAAAUAAUAGCUCCUCCCACGAUUAAAUGGAAUUAAUGGAACGGUAUCAAACACAAAGAAACCACAUUUGACUCAUUCCAUUUAUUAAAUUCCAGCCAUUACAAAGAGCCCAUCCUCCUAUAGCUCCUCCCACCAGCCUCUGAUGUACAUAUAUUGUACAUACAUACCAUGGUACUGUCGCAUACUGUGUGAUUUUUUCGCUGGCUGCCCGACACACUAUUUAACACGUUGGCUCAGGUGUUCACCUCUUUUGUGACUAAUAUUUGUUUUUACAAAGAUAUAGCGACAACAAGGUGUUCACCUUUUUAUAUUUAUGUGGUUUUGAGUCACCUCCACUGUCUCUCACACACACACACACACAAACCUCUCUUAACUAGACCUCUAUCAGGGUACUGAGGGCCGUAACGAUAUCAGCCCCAGUAAUAACUGUUGCUGGAUCGUAUAAGACAGAAUAAUAUUCCAUAUGAACCAGCCACACCUCACAAAUCAGAGGGUGUAGGUCUGCUUCCUUAGUUGUUCAGAGUCCUUUGGGAAGAUGAAGUUAAAAGAGAAGAAAUGUUUGAAGUCAUUGGUUCUGUGUCUGUGCAAGGAUGUGAUUGGCACGGCAAAGGGGGAAAUGUGAAAAAUCCCAUCUCUGUGUACUAUAUAUCUGUGUAGUAGGCCUGUGUAUAGUGUGGGUGUGAUCUGAUGGCCUCUGAGUUGGGUUGGUUGUUGACUGAGAAAGAGACACUGGAAUACCAUAAAACCAAAUGAACACUACACACUCCCUCUAUAGUUUACCGCUACAGACCAGACUCCCAGGUCCCCUACUCUACCCUCUCCACACCCUGACCUCUAACCCCUACACAGGUCAGGGUUCAGACACUGUGGCAAUAGUUCUUUUAAUUUAAAACCACUUCUCUUCCCUUUACCAUGAAUGGCUCCUUUAACUGGCCACCUCUACUUUCCUUACUAGCUGUCAUUCAUUCAUUCAUUUGUUGUUCAUUACUGUACAUUCACCCCACCUCGUAGGCAGGUAGUGGUUUUCAGAGGAUGAAUUUAAUAAAGGGAAUGUUGGGAAAGGGUUUGGAACGCAAAACUUUAUCUGAAGAAGUGUUCCAUACCCAGCUAAUCAUGACCCUCAUUGUUUUGCUUCCUUUUUUGAAUGUGUAUGAUAUUAUACUUGUGUGUAUGCAUGCAUGCAAGUGUUUCACUGUGAGUGUUUGUUUCACUGUGAGAGUGUUUUCUCUUGACAUGCAUGUGAGAGACUCUGCAAAGCCCUAAUUUAACAGUGUCCUUGGUGACCCCUGGGGCUCAGUGUGCACUGUUAUUAUUACUACCUUCAUGCCUUUUUGUUUUUCUACACUAAACCCUGUCUCAAGUGCUUUUUGUCCAUGCCUCCCUCUUUCUUUCUCUUUCCUCUCACUGUGAGUACUCUGAGGAAGAGCUGCAUAGUAUUGUGCAACAGGAGCGUGAGUGUAACUACAAAGAUGUAGUGCCAUUAGAAACUGUGAAUUUCUAAAUAAAACCUUUUGUCUUUCACUUAA